ACGGAUAUUACGUAUAAGGAAAAGCUUGCGAUUUCUGUCAUGUGACGAACGCGCAUAAACAAGUUGAGAACUAUUCAAUCAAGCAACAUUAAAGGCGAAUCACUCAAUCCAUUCUCAUAAAUAUGGCAGAUAAUCUGAAGAGUUUUCUGUAUAAACAACUGCCAAGUGUUGAAGGGCUCCAUGCCAUAGUAAUAACAGAUAGAGAUGGGGUUCCUGUAAUCAAAGUUGCCAAUGACAAUGCACCUGAAUACGCACUGCGGCCGACAUUCUUAUCUACCUUUGCUUUGGCAACUGACCAGGGCAGCAAGCUGGGCUUGUCUAAAAAUAAGAGCAUCAUUUGCUACUAUAACACAUAUCAGAUUGUACAGUUCAACCGAUUACCCUUAGUGAUAAGUUUCAUCGCAAGUAGUAAUGCCAACACAGGUUUGAUCUUUAGUCUUGAGAAGGAGCUUGUUCCCCUGAUAGAAGAAUUAAGGCAGGUGGUGGAAGUAGCUUAGAAACGUCUCAACUACACUGUUGUAGGUCAUACAUCUGUACAUAUAUAAUGUGAGCUGUAUGUUUGUAUUGAAUUUUGUGUUGGAUUGUCUUGAUGCUGUAUGUCUCUUUUGAAUGUAACCUGUUCCUUGAGUCUCCUUAUUAAUAAAUAUGUCCAAGGCUUUGGUUU